GAUGAUCCCCAGAUCAUUAGUGAACUCCUGAGUGAGUGGUUCUCCAAUAACACCAAAGCACAUCCGUCCCCAAUUCUCGACAUAACCUGCAAAAAUAACUACAAGUUAGGUGAAAUAAACUUUAAUAUACAAAAUAUAGCAUCGGCGGUAAGGACAUUAAAAGCUAACAGUAGUUGUGGGAUAGACGAUAUACCAUCCGUCAUAUACAAAAACGGUGGUACGGAUAUGAUUGUAUUAUUACUUAGAAUAUUUAAUAUCUCACUAGUGACCGAAACCUACCCUGAAACUUGGAAAAACACAUUUAUAUUACCUAAGCAUAAAGGAGGGGCCAAAACUAGUGCAUGUAAUUAUAGGCCUAUCAAUAUAACACCAGUCAUAUCAAGGAUCAUGGAGAAAGUAAUCAAGGACCAAAUGUCAGACUACUUUCUAAAACACAAACUCAUCAACCUGUCACAACACGGAUUCCUCAAGAAAAGAUCUUGCGUCACUUGCCAUAUAGACUUUUUCAACGAAGUCACCUAUAGAAGAGAUAGGAGAGAGCUAGUGAUUAUCCUCUAUUUCGAUAUAAGGAAAGCCUUCGACAGAGUCCCACAAAGUCUGCUAGUCGGUAGGCUAUGCUCACUAGGGAUACGCAACCCCCUCUACAAUUGGAUAAAAUCAUUUCUGUAUGACAGGAAUCAGACAACUAAAGUUGGCUCAAUGACCUCCAGACCUAGACCAAUCAGCAGUGGUGUCAUCCAGGGGAGUGUAUUGGGACCCCUUCUUUUCAUUAUAUACAUAAACAGUAUAUGUGAAUGUUUUAGUAUAGGCAAGCCAAUACUGUAUGCAGAUGACUUGAAGGUGACAUAUACCUGCACAAAUACAGAUAUCGGCCCAACUAUGAACUCCAUACAUGAAGAAUUAGCAAAAAUGGAUAGAUGGUGUGACACGUGGAGACUUGAGUUUAAUGUUGAAAAGUGUGGAUGGCUCUGCAUAGGCUGUUCCAACCUUGACCUCAACCUAGCAAUUCAGGGCCACAAAAUCCCCAGACUCAAAUCUGUACUAGACCUAGGACUGAAAUAUUCACACAAUCUAUCAUUUUCAGAGCAUAUCUCGAAUCAAGUGUCGAAAUCACGAAGGCUUAUUGGUUUCCUACUCAGGAACUUCUACAGAAACGAGUCCAGAAUACUACUGUACAAGGUAUGUGUGCACCCACUCCUAGAUUACUGCUCAUUCAUAUUCAGCAGUACACGCAUAGAAGACAAACUGAAAGUAGAAGGAGUACAGAGGUACUUCACGCGAAAAGUACUCGGAACCGAUAACGGCACAAACUACUCUACCAGAUGUGAAAUACUAGGACUAGAAACAUUAUGGUUAAGGAGACUGCGACUAAAUCUGGUACUCUUCUAUAAGCUUCUUAACCAAAUAGUGUAUACCCCUGCUAACUAUACUCGGUUCUCAGGUAACACAGGAUACAACCUUAGACACACUAAAGGUACAGUGGCUAUAGAGCCAUGUAAAACAGCCACCAGACAAAAGUUUUUCUUGGUUAGGUAUGCCCAAAUAUGGAACAAACUACCUGAGAAAAUACGACUAGCAAGCACAUUGGCCUCCUUUGAAAAGGCACUUAAUGACACACUAAGUGAGUUUGUAAUUGAUACCAAUGGUAAUUCCCAUGUAAGAGUUUCAGAAAUCAUAGGCCCAUUUAAUGUAUGAACUCAGAGACUACACCUGUUGUUUGUUUUGUCUCUAUUUAUAAUUCCAGACAAAAAAGCAGCAGUCAUGACAAUAACAUCCAUUAAAUCAAGAGUCGAUCAAACUAUAUCUACCUGAUACAAAGGGCGAACCAUAAUCAACAUACGAAUGAAAUAUGAGAAAACAAGGUAGAAACUUACCACAACACCACAUGAAAAGAUAAAAGUUACUUGGACAUCAUUUAUAAUCCACCAACUGGUCUCCUACCCAAAAAGAAUGCGGCGAUGUUUUAUCCAAAAAGGCGAGGAAAUACAUAAACCCACAGCAGCUGUUGUUAACACUCAGUGGGGGUAGGAGCCAACAAAGCACGGAGACGUUGUAGAAUAAGUUAUAAUCCAAAUCACUGCCUAUACAGCGCCAAUAAACCUGGAUAUCUAUGAUAUAACGAAAACAUGCUGAAAGCUGCAUCUCAGAUCAAGUUGAUUCAUUCGAUGGUAAUGAUCUGCUCCUGCAUGCCUUAUUCGACAUAUUGAAUGGAAUGGUUCGCAAAUAUUCUGGUACUAGAUCGAAAAGAAUAAAAAAUUCACCGGUUGCUGAAUCAAAAGUACUUCUCUGCAUGUUUAACUGUAUUCUAACUGCUACGAUUAAUUCCAAACCAUUUAUCCCAUAAACACUCAAAUUCCAGGAACGAUCCAAUUCUACCAUUUAAAGAAGCUGGCGAACAUGCUGUAAAUGUGUAUUCAUGAUCUGAAAUGAAGAAGCAACUGGUUUUCAAACAGUUUUCAACACUUUACUCAACUUACGAAUACGAGAUAGGAUAGCGGCACAAAUGGCUUAUGGAGAGGCUGAGCACUUCAACGUCACUUAUGCACGCUGUGAUUGGUAGAUUUUCCUCGGCGUAAACGUUGCGGCUAAUACGUGCCUUACGUUACUGAAGCGGGCUUUGAAAUAGCAAUAAUAAAAGCGGAUAGACAUUAUAUUUUCUAGCUUAAGGGACCAAGUUAACAUGCUUAUAAAUUUCACAGAUGUGAGAAGCAUUAGAUCCACUUACAAGCAGAAUACUACUGGUUAAUUGUAACGGAUGGAUAAGAGUCACGUGUAUAAUAUUUGCUUUUUAUAGAAGAGAAAAUGUGACAGGUGGUUUGGAAGUUACACGAUUCCUGAAAUAUAUCGUGGAAUAUAUGGACGAGUAAUCAAUAGAAUUUCACCAACUCUGUGGUUGUUCCUUGCUUUGUUCACAUAUUCAGUGUUGCUAAGAUUAGGAAUUGUUCACAAGAGAAUUUUCUCGAUAUGGCUGAAGGCAUUCGAAGGAAUACAAUCUCAAUCUCCGCUUGAAAAGUUCACAUCUAGUUUCUGCGAACGGAUCUGGUGGUGACGAAGAUUGCAAAGACUGGCUCAACACCACUAACAAAGAAGGCAAACUGACACAAAUGUUGCGGAUAGAGUGUUUGGUGGACUUAAUGAUGACUAUGAUGCAGCUACAAAUAAACUCUACAACUGAUUUUUUCACUGGAUUGCUAUUAACUGUCUUUAGUGUAGAUAUGUACUCUUUCAUUCUGAGUCAUUUUUAACUUGAUUGAUUAUUGUUUCCUUACAAAUAUAUGCAUU